AUGCAACCGCAAGCGAAAAACCGAUUGUUCUCUGCGAAGAAGCAGUCGCUUCCCCCUGAAAAGUCCAUGGGAAAGAAACCAGCUCCUCAAAGUCCUCUGCCAGGAAAAGCUGCGUCGGAUAUCCAAUCUCCAGGACCAGAGAACCCUAUCACCAGACCAUUCCCCCCAAGAGCCCUCAAAAAGAAUCUCCCCAAGUUGCCAAAGAAACCGGGAAGCAAAAAUUUGUCUUCUGGGUUCCAAGAGAAAAGAAACUAUGGAAAAGAAAUCCCCGCAACCGAGAAACCUGAGGUUGCAAAUGAAUUGAAAACGGAGGAUUUGGAAUAUGAGCAGACAAUGCCCAUACAAGAGCCCACCCAAGGGCCUGAAGAGACGCUGAAUCUCACAGAAGACACGCACGAGGAUAUACAACAAUUAUCCGAGCAUCAGAGAAAAUUUGAAUCAAAAGAGCGAGGUUCAGCUUCUGGGUCUGGCGAAGGUUCCAUGUUCCAAAAGGAAAAUUCCCCUGCUUCCCGCCCAUCAGACUCUGCAGAAACUGCCAAGGACGUGAACGGCCGGACCGUGUCUGCUCGAUCUCAAGGUACCUACGAUGUUCAGGAUGGCAUUCCAGGUUUAGCGAAGAGAUUCAAAUCAGAUGGAGGUGAUCUUGCAACUAGGCUCGAGGAGAAAGUUCCCAAUCAUCCGACCAAGCUGUCUGACUUGGAAGGUCUCGAAUUAAUUGGGAAGAGACAGAUACUCGAUGAUUAUGGCAAAGCGGUUGCAACAAUUGUUGAGGGUGAGCCCAGUGACCUUGUCGGCCAGGUGGUUGGGGCAGAUGGUGAAAUAUUAGACGAGGAUGGUGAUCUCAUCGGCCGCAUUGAAUUGAUCAGCGAGGAGACACCAAAAGAAGCUGAUGCAGUCAAAGAAGCGGUCGCUAUGGAUCAUCUCCCGAGCUUGCAGGACCUCACAAACUUGCCAAUCGGAAAGGACGGUGCAGUCAAGGACAAAUAUGGGAGACUCUUAGGUCACCUCAUUGAAGGUGACCCUGAUGAUUUACUCGGCGAGACUGCCAAUGAGAAUGGUGAAGUGCUAGAUGAAGAUGGUGACUUAAUCGGGCGGGUCGAGCUUACCUCUCUGAUCCAAGUUAAAGAGAAGAGUGAUGAGGCUGAGCAUACUGGUGCCGAGUCACUUUCCUCGGCUGCCAUGCUUCAAGACAGAGAAACCAGCAAAGGCAGCAAAACUCUAAAUGAUGAAGGCCAUCAUCUGGGUCGAGUCUUAGAAGGUCAAUCCGCCAAGACUUUGUCAGAAAAAGUCCCAGAUGAGCUCGGUGAAAUUUUAGACUCUACUGGAGAGGUGAUUGAACAAGUCCACCCAGUUCCAGAAAAAGCUGCAAAUGUUUCCAUGCAAGAGUUCGAACAGAAAACGGUACCCAGUGGCAGGGAGGAUGGUUCCACAGAGGAUGGACCGGAAGAAGAAAAUUCAGACAUGAACGCGCCAAAGAAAACCUCCCAGGAAUUACCUGAUAUCUCUACGCUAGAAGGACUGAAGUGUAACAAAUUUGGAAACAUUGUCGACAAAGAAGGUUAUCCUGUUGGCGAACUGAUUGAGGGAAAUCCAAAAGAGCUAUCUCAAGGAGGGUUGAAGCUUGAUAAACGUGGCCAGUUUUGUGACAACCGAGGCAAUAUCUUGGGUGUGGCGCAGGUCGUUCGAAAUAAGGACGAGGGCCCAUUCGCAGAAUUUGAUGAUCUCGUCGUGAUUGAAGAUGGAUGGGUUGCAGAUGCAACCGGGGCUCGAGUAGGCCAGGUUGUCGAUGGUGAGGUUAAACAGCUCCUUGGCCGAGCUGUCGAUGACAAUGGAGAUAUUCUAGAUAAGCGAGGAAAUCCCAUUGGACAUGCUGAGCCCUGGCAAGAGCUAGAGCCGGAAUUGGAGCCGGAAGAAGAAGUCGACUUGUCUACCUUGAACGGGCUGUUUCCCAACAAGCUUGGUUUUGUCACGGGACCAGGUGGCGUUCCAGUACUUCGAGUUAUGGGAGGGGACUUGAAAAAGCUCGUGGGUGGGAUCAUCGACGACAAAGGCCAGCUGUGGAACGACGAUGGGGAUAUUAUCGGCCGAAUUGAGCCCAUGUCAGAAGAUGAACGCAAGACUCCACGGCUUUUCAGCGACCUGGGGAACCUGGCGGCCAAGGAAGAUGGGCUUGUUAAAAAUGAAUAUGGCAAUGUGGUUGGAAGGCUCAUUGACGGAAAUCCUCGGCAAUUGAAAGGAAAGGCUGUAGAUGAUGAUGGUGAUGUUAUGGAUAAUCGAGGCAAUGUGACAGGGCACGCCGAGCCAUACACUCCAUGCGAAGAGUGCGAACAGCCAGAAAGAGACUUGUCCGAACUCGAAGGGAUGACAGUCAACGAAUUCGGAGAAGUGGUCGACGAAACGGGUGCAGUGGCUAGGCGACUCAUCUCGGGUAAUCCCAAGAGGCUGAAUGGAAAGAAGGUGGAUGGAGAAUGUCAGCUAUGGGGUGAUGAUGGGAUAGUGCUCGGCAAAGCUGAACUUGUUCCUGUCGAUGAGCGAGAGAAACCUGAAGGGUUGUCUUAUGGGCUUGACGGUUUGACUGCGACAAAAGAUGGAUCUGUGACAAAUGCAACAGGAGAAGUGGUCGGCAGGCUGAUCGAGUGGGACCCAUCAAAACUUGCUGGUCGUGCUGUCAAUGAAAAUGGUGCGAUUGUGGACAAAGUGGGAAAUUCCAUUGACCGCGCCGAGCGAUGGAUCUCAGAGGAAAAGCCACGCGAUAGAAAUCUUAUGAGAGGCCAAAAGGUCAAUCGAAAUGGCGAGGUCCGGGACGAAGAUGGCAAGUUGAUGGGCAGAUUUACUGUGGGUAACAUCAAAGCGUUGGUGGAUAAUACCGUGCAUGAAAAUGGGAAACUCAUUGAUAGCAACGGCAAUAAGAUUGGCGAAUGCACGCUGGAGGAUAAUCUGCCAGAGCCUGAUGAGCCUGAAGAGCUCGAGGAGCCCGAAAACUUACCGGAAGAAGCCGAAAAAUGGGUCAAAGAAGAUCAUGACCGGGAUUUAGUCAAGAAAAUAUCAAGCGUUGUACAAAAAACACUGGAGUCGGUGGAGCCGCUUUGCAAGCAAAUCACAGAGCAUCUUCAAAUAGCAGAACUUACACCACAAGACGAUUUGGAUGAAGAGAAACUUGUCCAGACCGUGAAACCUCUGGUUCAAGAUGCUAGCAGCAUAUUACAGAAGUGUAAAAGUACUGUUCGUGCGCUUGACCCCGACAGUUCCAUUGCGGCAUCUGCAAAGGUCCACACUUCUUCUGACGAGGCGACGCCGGAUGAAUAUCAGUUAGCAGACUUGUUGAAGAUAUUGACGCAGAAUGUGUCUACUACCAUGGAAAGUGGCCGUUGUCAAAUCGCAAAUAUGCCUCGCGCGAAGAAAAAGCUGAAUCAGAUGUGGUCGCUGCUUUCCGAUGCGCUGUUCCAAAUUAUUUCAGCAGUCUGCCUGCUCCUGAGCGGUGUACUCGGACCUGUAAACAACAUUUUACGCGAGCUUGAACUUGGCGAGCCUGUUCAUGGGCUUCUCGGUGGUCUUGGACUCGAUCAACUGGCGAGACUUUAA